UGAGGCUGGCCAUAUCAAGUAACCAUUAUCACAUCAGGGCCCACAGGAGUUAAAAAUACACCACCACCCGAGCCCCAACUGGAUGACAAUUGAGUAAUAACAAUAGAAAUAGCUCACACUCCGUAAGACCAUCUUUCCCCUUCCUGGAGAACUCUUCUGAGAUCAUCGGCAUUGCAAUGAAGAGACAGCCAGAGCCAGUUAGAGGGAAACUUCAGAUCUUUCAGAAGAUGGGGAAAGAGUCUCAAGCAAGAGCUGGGUGGCCGGUGCUCGAGUACCAUGCUGCCUUGGUCACAGGAGACCUGGACCGUCUUAAGCUCCUCAUGGACCAGUUCUUCCAGGAUGCCAACGUGGUGUUUGAGAUCAAGACGGAUGAGAUGGAGUGGCAAGUGAAAUCUCCGGCCACGUUUGGAACGUCAGGCCUCUGGACCUUGGAGUACAAGCGCGAGCUCACCACGCCCCUGUGCAUCGCCGCGGCCCGGGGCCACACGGCCUGCGUGCGCCACCUGCUCGGCCGCGGCGCGGACCCCGACGCCAGCCCCGGCGGCCGCGGCGCCCUGCACGAGGCCUGCCUGGAGGACCACACGGCCUGCGCCCAGCUGCUGCUGCAGCACCGCGCCGACCCCGACCUGCUCAGCGCCGACGGCCUGGCACCCCUGCACCUCUGCCGCACGGCCGCCUCGCUGGGACCCUCGGCCUCGGCCCCGCCCGCCGCCUGGCCCCGCCCGGACCCGGACCCAGACCCGGGAGCUCUCGGGCACGGCCGCCAGAGCCCCUCGGAGGCCACCGGGCCCCCCGCCCCGGCCUCGGCCCCAGCCCGGGCCCCGCGCCGGUUUAAUUAG